UGGAAUGAUGGGAGAUCAUACAAUUAAAAGUCAGCGACCUCGAUCUGUUCAUGAAAAAAGGGUCCCUCAGGAACAAGCUGAUGCUGCUAAAUUUAUGGCACAAACUGGUGAAUCUGGUGUGGAAGAGUGGUCCCAGUGGAGCUCAUGCUCAGUCACUUGUGGUCAAGGGUCGCAGGUGCGAACCAGAACUUGUGUAUCACCUUACGGGACACACUGCAGCGGCCCAUUAAGAGAAUCAAGGGUUUGCAAUAACACUGCCCUCUGUCCAGUCCAUGGAGUUUGGGAGGAGUGGUCACCAUGGAGUUUAUGUUCAUUUACAUGUGGUCGAGGCCAAAGAACGAGAACAAGGUCGUGCACACCUCCUCAGUAUGGAGGAAGGCCGUGUGAAGGACCUGAAACUCAUCAUAAGCCUUGCAAUAUUGCUCUCUGCCCAGUCGAUGGGCAGUGGCAGGAGUGGAGUUCCUGGAGCCAGUGCUCAGUGACCUGCUCGAAUGGGACCCAGCAGAGAAGCCGGCAGUGCACGGCGGCAGCGCACGGGGGCUCCGAGUGCAGGGGGCCGUGGGCGGAGAGCAGAGAGUGCUCCAACCCGGAGUGCACAGCCAAUGGUCAGUGGAAUCCGUGGGCUCAUUGGAGUGGCUGUUCCAAGUCCUGCGACGGCGGCUGGGAGAGGCGCAUGAGGACGUGUCAGGGAGCGGCGGUGACCGGCCAGCAGUGUGACGGCUCAGGCGAGGAAGUGAGAAAGUGCAGUGAGCAGCGCUGUCCUGCACCUUAUGAAAUAUGCCCAGAGGAUUAUCUGAUGUCCAUGGUGUGGAAAAGGACUCCAGCAGGCGACUUGGCAUUCAAUCAGUGCCCGCUGAACGCCACAGGCACCACUAGCAGACGCUGCUCUCUCAGUCUUCAUGGAGUGGCCUUCUGGGAACAGCCGAGCUUUGCAAGAUGCAUAUCACAUGAGUACAGACACUUGCAGCUUUCAAUCAAAGAACACCUUGCUAAGGGGCAGCGAAUGCUGGCAGGAGAUGGAAUGUCCCAGGUGACCAAGACACUACUGGAUUUAACUCAGAGGAAAAAUUUCUAUGCAGGAGAUCUUCUGAUGUCUGUGGAAAUCCUCAGAAAUGUGACGGACACAUUUAAAAGGGCAAGUUACAUCCCUGCAUCUGAUGGCGUCCAGAACUUCUUUCAAAUAGUUAGCAACCUUCUAGAUGAAGAAAACAAGGAAAAAUGGGAGGAUGCACAACAGAUUUACCCAGGCUCAAUAGAGUUAAUGCAGGUGAUUGAAGAUUUUAUACACAUUGUUGGAAUGGGGAUGAUGGACUUUCAGAAUUCAUACUUAAUGACUGGAAAUGUAGUGGCCAGCAUUCAGAAGCUUCCUGCAGCCUCUGUUCUAACAGACAUCAACUUCCCGAUGAAAGGUCGGAAGGGAAUGGUUGACUGGGCAAGAAACUCAGAAGACAGGGUAGUCAUUCCAAAAAGCAUUUUCACUCCAGUGUCAUCAAAAGAAUUAGAUGAAUCAUCGGUAUUUGUUCUUGGAGCAGUCCUGUACAAAAACUUAGAUCUAAUUUUGCCCACUCUGAGAAAUUAUACUGUUGUUAAUUCCAAAAUCAUCGUGGUCACAAUAAGGCCUGAACCCAAAACAACUGAUUCGUUCCUGGAGAUAGAACUAGCUCAUUUGGCUAAUGGUACUUUGAAUCCCUAUUGUGUGUUAUGGGAUGACUCAAAAACGAACGAGUCUGUGGGAACGUGGUCCACCCAGGGAUGUAAAACUGUGCUUACCGAUGCAUCCCAUACGAAAUGCUUAUGUGAUCGUCUCUCUACCUUCGCCAUUUUGGCUCAGCAACCUAGAGAAAUAAUCAUGGAAUCCUCUGGUGCACCUUCAGUUACCCUCAUAGUAGGCAGUGGCCUCUCUUGCCUGGCCUUGGUCACCCUAGCCGUGGUCUAUGCAGCACUGUGGAGGUACAUCCGCUCUGAGAGGUCCAUAAUUCUCAUUAACUUCUGCCUGUCCAUCAUAUCCUCCAACAUCCUCAUCCUGGUUGGCCAGACUCAGACACAUAAUAAGAGCGUCUGCACCACCACCACUGCAUUUUUGCACUUCUUCUUCCUGGCUUCCUUCUGCUGGGUCUUGACUGAGGCGUGGCAGUCGUAUAUGGCUGUAACUGGAAAAAUUAGGACACGGCUUAUACGGAAACGCUUUUUGUGCCUCGGAUGGGGUUUACCAGCCUUAGUAGUGGCCACGUCAGUGGGCUUCACCAGGACGAGAGGAUAUGGCACUGAUCAUUACUGCUGGCUCUCUCUCGAAGGAGGACUACUCUACGCUUUCGUCGGACCUGCAGCCGCUGUUGUCCUGGUCAACAUGGUGAUUGGCAUUUUGGUAUUUAAUAAACUUGUUUCCAGAGAUGGGAUCCUAGAUAAAAAGCUCAAACACAGAGCCGGUCAGAUGAGCGAGCCUCAUAGCGGUUUGACGCUCAAAUGUGCCAAGUGUGGAGUAGUUUCAACCACAGCUUUGUCAGCCACCACCGCCAGUAACGCCAUGGCGUCUCUGUGGAGCUCCUGCGUAGUGUUGCCCCUUCUGGCUCUGACAUGGAUGUCUGCGGUCCUGGCCAUGACAGACAAACGCUCCAUAUUGUUUCAAAUACUUUUUGCCGUGUUUGAUUCACUGCAAGGCUUCGUGAUAGUUAUGGUGCACUGCAUUCUUCGGAGAGAGGUUCAGGAUGCAUUUAGAUGCCGAUUGAGAAACUGUCAGGACCCAAUCAAUGCUGAUUCUUCAAGUUCUUUUCCCAAUGGGCAUGCUCAGAUCAUGACAGACUUUGAAAAGGAUGUAGACAUUGCUUGUCGAUCAGUUCUUCAUAAAGAUAUUGGUCCUUGCCGAGCAGCAACGAUAACAGGAACACUCUCUAGGAUUUCUCUAAAUGAUGAUGAAGAAGAAAAGGGAACAAACCCUGAAGGGCUAAGCUAUUCAACAUUGCCUGGAAAUGUCAUUUCCAAAGUCAUCAUCCAGCAACCCACGGGUCUGCACAUGCCCAUGAGUAUGAACGAGCUGGGCAAUCAAUGUUUGAAAAAAGAGAAUAGUGAAUUGCGGAGAACCGUGUACUUAUGUACAGACGACAACUUGAGAGGGGCUGAUAUGGACAUAGUCCAUCCUCAAGAAAGAAUCAUGGAAAGUGACUAUAUUGUGAUGCCCAGAAGUUCUGUAAAUACCCAGCCGUCAAUGAAAGAGGAAAGCAAAAUGAAUAUUGGCAUGGAAACCUUGCCACAUGAAAGGCUAUUGCACUAUAAAGUGAAUCCUGAAUUCAACAUGAAUCCCCCUGUAAUGGACCAGUUCAAUAUGAACUUAGAUCAGCACCUCGCACCCCAGGAACAUAUGCAGAAUUUGCCCUUUGAGCCUCGCACAGCUGUGAAGAAUUUCAUGGCUUCUGAGUUGGAUGAUAAUGCAGGACUAUCAAGAAGCGAAACUGGAUCAACGAUAUCAAUGAGUUCGUUAGAGAGAAGAAAAUCACGGUAUUCAGACCUUGACUUUGAGAAGGUCAUGCAUACUAGGAAGAGGCAUAUGGAACUGUUUCAGGAGCUAAAUCAGAAAUUUCAAACUUUGGACAGAUUUCGGGAUAUACCAAAUACAAGCAGCAUGGAAAACCCAGCACCAAACAAGAAUCCAUGGGACACUUUCAAAAACCCCAGUGAAUACCAACAUUACACCACAAUCAAUGUCUUAGAUACAGAGGCAAAGGAUGCUUUGGAAUUGCGGCCAGCGGAGUGGGAGAAGUGUCUGAAUUUGCCUCUGGAUGUGCAAGAGGGGGACUUUCAGACGGAAGUCUAACAAAAUUGAAAGGGACUGAGGUAGAGGCAGUCAUUGCACUGACACUCGAGACUCGGGGAGCCUGCCAUUACUAUCUGGACAGUGUGGCUCUCUUGUGUCAGGACCUUCGCGUGCCAAAUGUCAGCGGUGUUUGCGUUGGGCGACUUCUCACCAGUCGGGCUGGUGGAGAGGGACCCGGUGUACAGUUCUGACCACCCUGUGUUGUAAGUACCCGUGGAAUGGAUUUGUAAGGUAAUCUUUAUAGAUAAACCUCAAGCAACGAAUCAUGUUGUAACCGCUUCAUAUGGUUUAGUUUUCAAAAAACUUCACCAUGAAGCACAAUGUAUAUAUUUAUGCAGUUUUUAAAGUUUAUAACAGUCUGUUUGGCCAUUACUACACUUUUUACUUUAUAAUAUAAAAGCAAAGUUUUUGUCAUUAAAUGAAUGUUUGUUGAGCUACAUUCUUCAUUGCUUUAAAUGCAAUAAAGUAAUAAUCUCACUUUUAUAUGAAUAAUAUAUUUCACAUCUUUAUUAUUGCAGUUUUCUCUAGAAAGCUCUGAGGGCUUUCUCUGCUGCAGCUGUGUAUAAAAUAUUUAAAAUGUUGUAUGGUGUAAAUAAACUUUUGUCUACA